UUUCUCUCCUGAAACAGAUCCUAGCAAACACACACACGUACAUACACAAACACACGCUCUACAACCGAAAAUUCCCCUUUUACGAGGAAAGAGGAGUGUCGCAGUGUGAGAGUUGCCUUUUGAGCUUUACUGAGUGGAUUUGCGGACUGUUUGUGGAGUUUUGGGAGUGUUUUUGUCGAGUUUAAUCCUUUGAGGUAAUCUGGGAUUCCUGAGGCGGGAAUGAGAGAGAUGCGCUCGGGCGCUCACUGGACUUUCACUCUGUGAGGAGCAAACAGGUGAAGACAGCAGGUAAAUCCGCUAGAGAUGAGUGGUGAUCCAAGACAGGAGGUGGUGACGACCCCUCCACCACCCAGCGUGGGCAAGAGAGAGGGAUACUUCGAUCGUGUCAAUGAAAAUGACCCUGAAUAUCUGCGCGCACGCAACAUGUCACCCGACCUGCGGCAAGACUUUAACAUGAUGGAGCAGAAGAAGAGGGUCACACAGAUACUACAGAGUCCAGCAUUUAAGGAUGAGCUAGAGGGAAUGAUCCAGGAGCAGAUGAACAAGGGGAAUAACCCCGCAGGAUUGCUCGCUCUGCGGCAGAUCGCAGACUUCUUCAUGUCCAGCUCUGUCGCCGGAUUCUCCACCUCCCCCCUCAGUUUGGGAAUGGUGACCCCAAUAAAUGACAUGUUCAGUGUGGAGUCCAGUACUAUGGUGAAGGGAGAGAAACAGACCCGCUGCAAACUGGCCAGCCUCUACAGAAUAGUGGACCUGUUCAGUUGGGCUCACUUUGCGAGCUGCUACAUUACAGUUCGUGUCAGUAAGGAGCAGGAUCAUAUCCUCAUCAUCCCCAGAGGACUGUCCUUCGCUGAGGCCUCUGCAUCCAAUCUGGUAAAGGUGAAUAUCCUGGGUGAUGUGAUCGAUCAGGGCUCCACCAACCUGCGCAUCGACGCGGCCGGCUUCAGUCCGCACGCUGCCAUCUACUCCAUCAGACCUGACGUGCGCUGUGUCGUUCACAUAAGCACUCCGGCCACUGCUGCUGUGUCGUCCAUGAAGUGCGGCCUUUUGCCCAUCUCUCAGGAGGCUCUGAUCCUGGGUGACAUUGCCUACUACAACUACCAGGGCAGUCUGGAUGAGCAGGAGGAGCGUGUAGAGCUCCAGAAGGCUCUCGGCCCCACAGCGAAGGUGUUGGUUUUAAGGAAUCAUGGGAUUGUAGCUCUAGGAGAGACCAUUGAAGAGGCCUUUCACUACAUUUACAGCGCUCAGUUUGCCUGUGAAAUUCAGGUGAAUGCGUUCUCCUGUGCUGGAGGAAUGGAGAACCUGAUCGUGUUGGAUCUGGAGAAGUUUAAAGCUCGUACACAGGGAGUGGCGCAGGUUGGAGUCAACAUGGGCUCUCAGCAGAAGUGGAGGCUGGGAGAGUUGGAGUUCGAGUCACUCAUGAGGAUGCUGGACAACCUGGGCUACAGGACCGGCUACACAUAUCGGCACCCCAUCGUGCGGGAGAAGCCGCGACACAAGAGCGAAGUGGAGAUUCCUGCAACAGUGACAGCCUUCAUGUUCGAUGAGGACGACGCUCCACGCUUCCCUCUGAAGCUCCUACAGCAGCGGCAGCAGAGGGAGAAAACACGUUGGCUCAACUCGCCAAACUGCUACAUGAAGGUGAACGUGGCGGAUGGCGCCAGCGAAGAGAACCGACGCACCAAGACCACGUGGAUGAAGUCUGAUGAUGGGGGAAAUGCCAGCGGGACUCCGAUCCGUAUUGAAGAUCCCAACCAGUUUGUCCCUCUGAACACAAACCCCAGUGAAGUCCUGCAGAAGAGAAAUAAGAUUCGUGAACAGAACCGCUUUGACGUAAUGACAGCAGGACCGCAGUCCCAGAAGCUGGCAGGCAUUGUGGUUGAGAGACCUCCAGGACAGUCACCAGUUCAGCCGUACAUGGGAAAUGAUGAGGAAGAGACGGGGCCACUUCCUCCAAACCCCUUCAGUGACCUGAACGAGAAAGAGGACCAUCAGCGAAGACUCCGAAUAGAUGCAGAUGAACAGCAGCUCACGUCAGACGACGCAUCCACGCUCUCUCAGUCUGUGUCUCCACAACACACUCCAGCUAAAGAAGAAAACCACACCGGCGUGAUGCUAAAUGGUAAAGACGAUCACGGCGACGAGGACGAGCUCAUCAAGCGCGUGAGUCAGCUGACCACCAGCGUGGAAAGCAUGGAAAUCAGCGUUCGCUCCGGAGAGAAAAUCGAAGAGGCGCUGACGCCCGAAAGCUCGCCCUCCAAAUCCCCCAACAAGAAGAAGAAGAAGUUCAGAACCCCGUCCUUCCUCAAGAAGAACAAAAAGAAAGAGAAAGUGGAGGCCUAGUGGAGGAGAAGCAAAAACACCCAUGCCCACCGUGUCUGUCCUUCUGUUUGUCUUUGUGUGUUUUUAAGUUGGCUUUGUUAAGCGUGGCAGGCUAUUUUGGGAGUUUAUAACGAAUAGAUGGAGUUCCAUCCGUUUUUAUGAGAUGUGCCAUGUGUAAAUGUGUUUUAUACAGGAAGAGAAGCGAGGGAAACUCCUGGGAAACUGGCUUCUCUGGCCUGAUGGACUGAACAUGUUCUUGUACACAUGAUUUUAUCUCGUCGAUGAGCCCAUACUGCAUUGUUUUUGUUGAUUAGCCGACCGUACAGACCUUUUAUGAGCCCCUUUUUCUAUCCGCCACUCAUCUCUCAUGCUGUCAGUUCUGGUUUCUCCAGCUGUAAGGUGGGUGUCAUCGCAAACGCUACACAGGAGACGCUACAGAAUCACACUGGAAACCGUUCUGGAUUAUUUUAACAGGGUUUAUAGUUUUAUUUUGUCUGUGAUUGUCGAAGGAUUGGGUCUGAAAUCCUGUGUAGAGCCACUCCAGUCCUGAUCUUUGCCAAACGAAAACGCAAAAACAACAAAAAAAGCAGAGCGAUCACGUUUUAGUGACUUGUAUUUUGGUUUCGCAAACAUUCAUUCUUCAUCUCUUAUUACAAAAAAAAUACUUUGCUUUUUUAAAAAUUGAUGCAGUUUAGUUUUUAUCCAUUCAGUUUUAUACUCGUUUCUAUACUUUUAACUGCAAAAAAAAAAACUAACUGAAAAUGAAAUCUUGAAGCAUGUUUUGCUAGUCUGAAUUUAUAAUGUAGUGGUGCCUGACUUCUCAGUUGUGUAAUAGCGCAGAUUACUAAACACAUUUAACAAAAAUAUAUGAAAACUGGAGUGACGUUUAAUGAUAUAUGAAUAUAUAAUAUUUUGUGCUGCACUUUUUAAAUGGUAUACAUAACAAAAAGCGAAUCGAAAAGGACGAGUUUAGCGGUUGAAGAGCGAAACGAAAACAUGAAAAAUGUUUCACACAAAGGGUGGAGAAGGGAAACGUGUUGACAUGUAAGGAAAAAAUUAUAUAUAUUUGUAAAAUGUAUUUUUGAAAAAAUGUCUCUGUCCCAAAGCAAGUCUACGGUCAUUCUCAGCACAUGAUGCCAUUUUUUUUUUUAAAGGAUAGUUCGCCCCCCCCAAAAUAAAAUCAAAUGUCAUUGUUUAUUCACGCUGUUGUUUUACAAUGGCCUCAAAACAACUAAUGUGAAAAAUCUCCUGCUUGAACUCCUCCAUAUAAUAGCAUUAAAUACCAUCCAGCUUCAACUUUAAAAAAAAUAAAAGAGGCUAAAUCAUCAAAUAAUGUGGGUUUUAUGGUAUAUAAGAUAAAGUUCUGUAAAGUAUAUAUUAUUUAACAAAAAUCCUGACUUUGUUCCUGGAGUUGUGAGAAAUAAAAUUAAUGGAAGCAUGACAUAAAAUGCAGUUCCUAUGCUUUCUUUUCUGAGGUAAAUAUACAUUUAUCGGUGAACAUCUUUAACACUGUAGUUCAGGUAUGGAGAUUUUAAAAAAACAACACAGACAUGUCUGUUGCAUUGUAUAGCAGUUUUAUGUUGUAAUAUUCUUGAUUGAUAAAAUCUGGGAAGGUGAGUGUGGGUAUUCUAGGCAAAUUCAUAGUAUUUUUAUGACUGACAGUCAAGGUCUGAAUUAGUUUUGUUUGUUAAAUACAUCAUUUUGGUUUGUUUUUCACCAAUCCCUAUUAGAAAACACCAGAACUCUUGAAAGAUACCAUAUUUAUCAUUAAUAAAAGGGAUAGUAAAGUCUUAAUGAGUUUCUUUCUAUUGUUGAACACAAAUGAAGAUAUGAAGAUAUAACACAAAUGAAAGCUGUAAACCUGUAACCAUUGACUUCCAUAGUAUUUGCUUUUCCUACACUGAAAAAAAUGAUUCGUUGGAUUUACUCAAUUUGUUUAAGGUUAGUGGUUGCAAACAAUUUAUAUGUGCUGAAUUUAAACAAACAAAUUAAGUUACCAAAUUUAGUGUGUUUGUUUGAAUUCAGCCCGUAUAAAUUGUUUGCAACCACUUUGCUAAAAGCAAACUCAGUUCCUGGAGGGCCACAGCUCUGCACAGUUUUGGCCCAACCCUAAUCAAACACAGCUAAACCAACUAAUAGAGAUGUUCAAGACUACUAGUGUCUAGUAGUCUUGGAACAUCUCGAUUAGUUGGAUCACCUUGAUUAGUUGGAUCAGUUGUGUUUGAUUAGGGUUGAAGCAAAACUGUUCAGAGUUUAAGACCUAUGCCUUAAAUUGAGUAAAUCCAAUGAGUAAUUUUUUCAGUAAACUAUUGAAGUUUUCAGUUUUAUGUAAAAUAUCUUCUUUUGUGUUCAACAGAAUAAAAAGAAACUCAUAAAGCUUAAAAAAUCCACUUGAGGGUGAGUAAAUAGUAAAUAAUUUUCAUGUUUGGGUGAACUAACCCUUUAAUACAUUAUGUCUUUAUUUUUGGUGGUUCAACCAUUAUAUGUCGGAGCUCAAGCAGAGUUUUAUUUCAUAUGUAGUUUAAAAAGAGUUUUAACACAUCAGGAUAUCAGCAAAGUGAGUACACAAUGACUCCAAUUGACAACCUCAUUCACAUUCACGGUCAUUAAUCACUUCAUCGCCAUCCAAAGCAUCAGUGUUACCACGGUUUACCUAAGAAACAUUGUUUGUUUGUUUUUUUUCUGUCUGAAACUGGAUUUAUUUACUCACCCUCUCUCCUGCUUGAGGUCAGAGGUGGCUUGUUUUGCCCAAUUUAAACGCUCCCUGCCCCACGAGACACCACUCUGGACAAAAUGUACAGCAAUAGCUGAUCUCUAAUGGCUAAGAUUAGUGGGUGACCUCAGUUUGAACUCCGUCAGGCCCGAAUGUGGUCGUCAAACGUCCCGCGGGGAGGAGGCGAAACCACUGAGAGCGAGAGAUAUAUAUCCCAGUGGGCAAUGUGAAGUACUGGCCUGGGCGCCAAGAGAGAGACAGACACUUCUAAGCUGUGUAAAUAGCAUGUGGUUUUGAGCGCGGGCCAGACGUGGAUUAAAACACAUUUAAAGCUGCACCGGGUGCGAGUUAAGAGCGAGUAAUGGGGCGGGCGAGAUUAACUCUUGAUUGCUUUCAAAUUUCUUGCAGAUUUUCGCUUCAGAUUUCAUAGUGCGCUGCGGUUUUUAUGCUUUCAGGAGGUGUAGUUUAAACUUCACGAGCGUUAACUGGAACGUGCAUCACAUUUAUUAUUAUUUUUUUUCCCAUUUUAGCCCAUUUUGCACCUUGUUUUACUAAUGUUGUAGUCUCUGGUUCUGAAGGCCUGUUUGCUUUGGCAUGCAAGUUUGAGCCAAGCCUCUUUGUGACCUGUGAAAUCUCAUAUGAAUGGUUAUCUAACGGACUUGCUUUUAGAUGUAUUGCUAAUCAGUGUACAUUCACAAAUAAAACUAUUUUAAGAAGCAAA